CAACCGGAUACCCAGUAUUAAUUUAGUUCCCAAAGUUAAGUACUGCUUCAUGUCCUGGUUGACUGUUUUGCUUCCUGGAACGAAUAUGAGAUAAACGCGGUAAACUCUGAGUCAAUUCAGUAGACAUGUCCGGUUAUUUUAACGUCACAGAUAUCUAGUAGACGACUUAGGUCUACUCGCCGGUUUAGCUCGUACGAUCACCUCAAGAUCUAAAUAUCACUGGUAAGUGCAUACAUAUAUCUGAAGUAGGGUUUCUUUGAAAUUACUUGGAGCGUCAAGGAAGGUUAAAUACUGAGUUGAGGGUUAUAACCAUGUGUUAAUUAUGUUAUCAAUUGUGUUUAUUUUACGUGCUUCUUUUUGUUAAAUGAUCAACAUCACAACACAAGUUGAAGAGACGUUAAAUGUUAUGUCAGUGAAGUUUCCUUAGAGCAAAAAACUACGUUGGUGAAUAAGGUAUUCACUUCUAUACUUGACAGAAAUGUAUUUACAAGUGAUAUUCAAAUUAUUUAAUUCAGAAAAAAUAAGAUUAAUUAAAACUAACAGUCGAAUAGAGGAAGGCGUAAUGCAUCGAUACAUACCGGCAAUUGUUAUUGCUGUGUGCACGCUAUGGAUGUGCAGCUGCGUGACUGCGGAGGCCACGGACAUUAAAGUUGCCAGAAGCGUGAGGUUUGGAUACCCUGAUGUGGUCCUAUUGAAAUCGCCAAAGCACGAGGUGACCAAAGUAAGAAAAGAACGAGCAGCUGCUGCCAUUGCUAUGGGUGUCGCGGCAGGUGUACAGGCCAUUGUUAGCAUUGCAGGUAUGAUUAUGGGUAGGAAACAGGCUGAAGAAGCAGCAAAACGGUACGAGAAGUCUAUGAAGUUUCAAUUGGAACAGUUAUGUGACGCUAUCUGUGUCACGGAGUGGUCUGAGUGGAGCAUGUGCACGGCAAGGUGCGGUGGCGGAAGAACAAAACGCACUAGGGAAUAUCAAACUGUGGGAAGAUGUCGUGAACUUCAAAACUUUCAAUGUCGACACUCUAAAGUACAGGAUUAUAGGUGUAACGAAAACUGUCCGAACGGCGGAACACCCAAUAGUGGGUCGUGUGAGUGCCAGCCUGGGUGGAAGGGAAGUUGCUGCGAAACUGAGGUGGUGUGCGAUUACCCAACAAAAAAUCCACGAAGUCAUAUUGCGGGCACUUGGCCUGCAAAGUAUCGCAGUCUGGCCACUUUCACCUGUGACACUGGGUAUCAUCUAGCCGGCAGAGAGACCAUUAUCUGUGGAAGUGAUGGGAAAUGGAGCCACCCAUCACCAAAGUGUGAACGAAUUGUCUGUACUAUGCCACAAGCCAACGAACAUGUUCAGAUUCUGAACCCUCAGAAGGGUUACGCCUUUGGCGAGCAGCUGGUCUAUAGAUGUGAUGAGGGGUAUGAAAUAAGAGGCCCUGAAACACGUGUUUGCCAACAGGAUCAAGAAACUACUGGAAAAUUUUCUGGAUUUAAUCCACUAUGCGAAGCUGUCAGUUGUGGAGAACCAGGUACCCCACAACACGGAGAGAGAGAAGGGAACUCCUUUAAGUUUGGUGAUGUUGUGACGUACAAAUGUAAUAAAGGAUAUAAACUAGAGGGACAAAAGAGUCGACGCUGCAUGGCUACAAAAACGUGGACUGGUAAUGACCCAACGUGUGUAGAAAUCAAAUGUGAUGAACCCCGUGUUCCAAAACAUGGUGAGGUUAUAGGCAGAAGAGUAACUUUUGCGUCCAAGGUCAGCUUUCAGUGCGACGCUGGCUACAACCUUGUAGGGAAUGCUACUCUUGAAUGUCUAGAGAGCGGCGAAUGGAGUGCUCCAUCCCCCACAUGUGAAGCUGCCAUAUGUGGUAAUCCUGGUUCACCAGUAAAUGGAGCCAAAGACGGUACCGUGUAUUAUUUCCCACAUAAUGUGACAUACAGCUGUUUCAACGGCUACAUACUACGCGGCGCCUCCAAAUUGACGUGCCAGGCAGAUGGAGUUUGGAGUGGUUCCGCGCCUACCUGCGAGGCCUGUCCACUAAACACCUAUAUGGCUGCUAAUUCCCCAAUAUGUGUUCCAUGUGCUGAGAACACCCACACCGUCACGGUGGCCAGUACCAGUGCUGAGCAGUGUGUGUGUAACAAAGGGUAUACUGGUCCGCCAGGUGGACCCUGUCAGGAAAUCCGCUGCCCUGUCUUGCAAGCUCCUCGCCAUGGCUCCAUCUCACAGUGUGACAACAAGCUAGGCAGUAGUUGCGCCUUCAACUGCAGUGACGGUUACAUACUAGAUAAAGGCACAGCCAUGCGGACCUGCCAAGAAAACGGAGACUGGGACGGGGCCAUGCCCGGGUGCUCAGCCUGUCUCCGCCACACGUACAAAGCCGACUUACGCAGCUGCCUGCCGUGCCCCCGACACUCACACACUGAGGGGACAGCAAGGAUGAAAAACGGCUGUCUAUGUGAUGACGGCUACCAGGGACCACCAGGAGGCCCGUGUACAGAUAUCGAUGAGUGCGCACCUAACGAUGGCCGUGGACCCUGCCAAGACACGUGUGAGAACCAGGACGGCAGAUACAGGUGCUUGUGUUCUAUACAAGGCUACAAGAUAGAUCCCAAAGAUGGACACAGUUGUUUAGUAAACGAAACGUGCCGAAAUUUGACGGAGUCUGACGCCCCAGAUAACGGUGGUCUUGUGUGUCACUGGUACCGGGAGCAAAAUUCUCAGCAGUGCUCAGUGAAAUGCAACCCUGGGUUUGAGUUCCCUUCAAGAACCAACGACUACGAAACCUGUGGACCAAUGACCGACUAUGUGUGGACGUAUCAAAGAGAAAAUAUAAACAGCACUCUCGACCCAUGCAUCGUGGAAUUCUUCCCGGAUUUCAAAUUCGAAGCCAACUCGACUUACUUUGUGCGUGCUUGUAAUGAACUGACAGAACAAGAGAGAAACGAUGUGAAACGAGAGUUCGCUAAAAAGUUGUCAGAUGAAGGAGUCUGUCUUAAAAGCAGUACUAAGGUCUGUGACAUGAAGAAUGUUGGAAUCAUUUGUGGAAGAACCACAAAACGGAGACGCAGACGUGGUGUCGUGGAAGAACUCCAGUCGGUUGACUUCAAAUUCGACGUCGAAGCCAACAAAGGCGCAGGGCAGACAUUCACGCAACGUGACCGGAAAAACAUAUGCAUUUUUCUUCGCAUUCCCGAUCGACACUGUGAAAUUUUGGGUGAUAAGGUUUUCAAAACUUACAAAAGGUUUUUAAAGGCUGCAGUGAUGAAUGCUAAACGGGUACUAGAAAGAUUGUAUCGGGAGCGUCUGGGGGCGCUAGCAUUUAACGCCGCUAAUCGGGACUUCGAACCACAGCAAAAUGGUCUUGACGCCUCUGGUGUUGAAACCGUAUGUCCCAAAGCAAUGAAAGCCAGUAAAGAAAAUUGUGUCCCCUGCCAAGCUGGAUCAUUCUAUGAUGCGGCAGACGAUAAGUGUAAGCCAUGUCCGAUGGGAACCUACCAGCCCUUGGCACGACAGACGGCCUGUGUGCCCUGCCCUACAGGGUCCACAACAGAGGCACCAGGGGCAAGAAUCUGCAGGAUGUGCCCAGCCAAUAAGAAAGGGCACCUGUGCCAGGAGGACUGUGACUGUAUGAACGGGCGGUGUGACCCGAGGAAUGGAGAAUGUCGUUGUCACAGUGGAUGGGAGGGGCAAAGGUGUGAAAUGGAUAUCCCAGGGUGUUUGGCAGGGAGUUGUUUCCGUAACGUGACUUGUUACGACGUGCCAGCCCCCGGGACUGGGUUUCGCUGCGGUCCAUGCCCUCCCGGGUUUACUGGAGACGGGUCGCUGUGUCACCCAUUACUUUUAUCAACGCUUUAAAGAUAAAACAGACAAACGCUGCCU